AUGGAGAUAAAAAGUUUAAUCUUCUAUUUUUACGCACUCAUAUUAGCAAUCAUAUAUACAAAAUGUGUACAUACUAUACUAAUAUCAACAGCAUCAAACAAUGAUGGCGCAGCAAAAGAAGAACAAGUAAAGGUUGUCACAAUUGUGAAUAACACCAUGAAAUCAAAAAUAGAGUAUAGUAACAAUUAUCGAGAGUUAAUAUAUUUACUAAGAGACAUUUUAGCUACCCCCCAAAAGCCAUUUAAAGAAACAACAAUUACAAAGAGAUUCAGACCAUUAAAUAUAAAAUUAUUAUCACACAAUGCAUUUUAUAAAAGUGCUAGCAACGAAAUAGUUAACUUUUUUAAUUUGCUAAAAGCAAACUAUAAUCAUUUAUUUAAUAAUCAUAUUUCAUCAGAUAAAUUAGAUGAAUAUAAUGACAACUUUGAUGAGGCGCGUAAAUAUUUUAAUAGUUUAUUUAAUGCAAAUAAAAAUAAAGAAUAUGACGUUGAGAAAUAUUUUCUCAGUUACUAUAAACUAAAAAAAUAUAUCAAUUUAUCAGUAUCUAUAAAUUUUAGAUUCUCUACUGGAUUUAUUAUUUUGAUAGCUCAAAUCGAUCAAGCUAAUAAUAAGUUUAAUUUAAAAUUUACAGAUUAUUUAACAAGAUCUGAUAUAAAGGUAUUAGAAGAUUCUCAAACUGGAUUAAAAGAUAAUGAUCUCAUUAUUGAAAAUUUAAUUAGUACAAUGAAAGGCCUUAGAGUUUAUAUAAAUACUGGAGUAUUUGAUUCCCCUAAACGUCAUUUAGAACAAUUAUGUUCAAAAUAUGAUUAUGAUAUUCCAUCAAAAAAUUGGCUUUCCUACUUCCAUCCACACAAUGAAACAUUAUGUCGUGUUCAAGUAGUUGGAAAUGGUGAUUGUUUUUUUUCUACAUUAAAACAUUUAUUAUUUCAAAGUGGAAUUGAUACUACAAAUUAUUCACCUCCUAAAAAUGUAAAAGAAAGUAACUUUAUUCCUUGGUAUUUAAACACAAUAAGAAAACACCCUGACAAAACACCCUUUAACGUAAUCGAUCUUAGAUAUAUAACAACAUAUUAUACUAUUAAAUAUUUUCCGGGAUAUAAUAAAGACAGUGAUUUAGACUCAAAAUCUUUAAAAAGUAUGCUCGAAAUGCUAACCAAUUUGGAAUAUUCAAACUAUAAUUUAAAAAAAAAAUCAUUAAUUACCAAGGUGCAAUCUAAAUUUUCAAUUUCAAAACUUUUGGGUCUUGAGUCAGGGUUGGCGAAAAAAAUAAAAUCCAUUUUUAUAAAAAAAAAAGAUAAAAAAGCACGUAAAACUAAUAAAAAAUCUAUUCAAAAAAAGUCACAAAAUGCAGAUCCAAAAUAUAAAAAAAAUAAAUCUCAAGGAGUCAUACAAGCACCAAACGAAUCAGAAUCAAAUAAACCACCUGCUUUAUCUAAACGUGAUGUGUAUACUAAAGAUAAUAAAAGGUAUGAUGAAUAUAGUGAUGACGAAGAUGAAGAAGAUGAAGAAGAUGAACAGGAUGAACAAAAUCAACAGAAUGAAGAGGAAGUAUAUAACUAUGACGAGAUUUUGGAAGAUCUUCAUGGGUUCGAUAACAGAAUGUUUGAAUUAAUUUUUUUCAAAUUAAUAUCACUAAAAGAAAAUAAUAUAACUGAUUUUGGAAUUCGUAAUAUUCCAUCAAAUUUAAUUCCAACCUUAAAAGGAAAAGUUUAUAAAUCCAAAGUUUUAGCUUCACAUUUAUACGCUAAAACUCCAAAAAGAGGUGAUGUUUUUCCAUUUUUUAAUUUUCAUGAUGUAACGAAGCAAUUACAUCACCCAUUUAAUAAGUACAGUUACCAUAACAAGGAUAUAUAUGCUGUUAUUCUACAUACAACUUUUCAUAAAGUAAUAACAAGAAAAAGAGAUAAAAAAAAAACAUAUAGUAUGUUAUUUGCUGUACCUGGGGAUGAUUUAUCUUACUCUUCAAUACUUAAUAAUGAUUAUCAUUUUGCACCCCAUUCAAUAAUUGUUGAAACAAAAACUAUGCAACAAAAAGCAGCUGCAUUAUUUUUCGGAAGAACAAGACCUGGACAUUCACAUUGGGGUGAUGAAACUGAUUAUAAUGCUUUUCAAAAAAUGUUUAAUAUUGGAUUAAUCACAUUUAUGCACGACUCAACUAAAUUAUUUUUUCCUAAAAUGAAUUUUAAUGAAUAUCCUAAAUAUUUUUUAAUCUAUUUUUUUUCGGAAUUGCAUUUUGAGCCUGGAGUUCAUGUCUCUUAUGACCAAGGUACCCCAAUAUAUAAUUUAUCUUAUGAUCGAAAUAACAUUCCCAAUUCCAUACUAACCAUAUCAUAA